GCGGCAGCAGCGACCUGUCUCUUUAAGUUGGUGUCAAAGCGGAUUAUUGCUGAUCUCCGUCGUGAUUCGGUUUCCACCGUCUGUUCCCUCCGUCUAUUUCUGUUCCGCCGGGACGGUAAGCUCUGCUCGGGCUCAGAGGAACGGGCUCCGGUAACUCCUGCUCUAAAGUUUGGAGCAUGGCAGCUUCGUGAAGUGUCUCCCGCGGUGCUGCUCGGUGUGAAGCCCGCGGUGAAGCUCCGGUGAGCCGGUGAGUGAUGCGCGCUGCGCCGCGGACUCUCCAACUUUUCCUGCCAUGGUAAGCCUGGAUUACUCUCCUCUGCUAACGGACAUCUUUACCGCGUCUCUGCGCUCAUAGCGGCCGUGACUCACUCCCGGGAGGUGUGAUGUGACGCCCCGGUGACUCUUCUCAGUUGGCACCGGAUUAAAAGCAUAAAAUGCAGAAGGGCGUGCGGUACAACGAGGGCCACGCGCUCUAUCUGUCGGUGGUGGCGCGUAAAGAGGGCUCCAGGCGCGGCUUCCUGAGCAAGAAGACCACGGAGAACAGCCGCUGGACCGAGAAGUACUUCGCGCUCUACCAGAACGUGCUCUUCUACUUCGAGAACGACCAGAGCACGAGGCCCUCUGGGAUCUACCUGCUGGAGGGAUGCACGUGCGAGCGCGCACCUGCGCCCAAAGUCUCCGCCAUCAGCAAGGAGCCCAUGGAGAAACAGCAGCACUACUUCCUGGUGAUUUUUGGCCACGAUGGACAGAAACCUCUGGAGCUGCGGACAGAGGAAGAGUCCGACUGUAACGAGUGGGUGGAGUGCAUCCAACAGGCCAGUUACUCUGACAUCAUCAUCGAGCGGGAGAUCCUGAUGCAGAAGUACAUCCACCUGGUCCAGAUCAUGGAGACGGAGAAGAUCGCAGCCAAUCAGCUCCGCACCCAGCUGGAGGACCAGGACACCGAGAUCGAGAGGCUUAAAGCCGAAAUUGUUGUGUUGAAUAAAACCAAGGAGAGGAUGCUGCCGUACCAGAACAACCAGGAGGAGGAGGACCCAGAUAUUAAAAAGAUCAAAAAGGUGCAGAGCUUCAUGCGCGGCUGGCUGUGCCGCAGGAAGUGGAAGAUCAUCGUCCAGGACUACAUCUGUUCCCCUCACGCCGAGAGCAUGAGGAAGAGGAACCAGAUCGUCUUCAACAUGGUGGAGGCCGAGACGGAGUACGUCCACCAGCUCUCCAUCCUGGUCAACUGUUUCCUGCGGCCGCUGCGCAUGGCCGCCAGCUCCAAGAAGCCUCCCAUCAGCCACGAUGACGUCAGCAGCAUCUUUCUCAACAGUGAGACGAUCAUGUUUCUGCACGAGAUCUUCCAUCAGGGACUGAAAGCUCGGAUCGCCAACUGGCCCACUCUGGUUCUGGCGGACCUGUUUGACAUCCUGCUGCCGAUGCUCAACAUCUACCAGGAGUUUGUGCGUAACCAUCAGUACAGUCUGCAGGUCCUAGCCAACUGUAAGCAGAACAGAGACUUUGACAAGCUGCUCAAACAGUACGAGUCCAACGCUGCGUGUGAGGGACGGAUGCUGGAGACGUUCCUCACAUAUCCCAUGUUCCAGAUUCCUCGAUACAUCAUCACCCUCCACGAGCUGCUGGCUCACACACCUCAUGAACACGUGGAGCGGAAAAGUCUGGAGUUUGCCAAAUCCAAACUGGAGGAGCUGUCGAAGAUGAUGCACGAUGAAGUGAGCGACACGGAGAACAUCAGGAAGAACCUGGCCAUAGAGAGGAUGAUCGUAGAGGGCUGUGACAUCCUGUUAGACACCAGUCAGACCUUCGUCAGACAGGGCUCCCUCAUCCAGCUGCCGUCCAGCAGCGAGCGCGGGAUGCUCAGUAAGGUCCGGCUGGGCUCCCUCUCACUGAGGAAGGAAGGAGAGCGACAGUGUUUCCUGUUCACCAAACACUUCCUGAUCUGCACACGAACAUCUGGAGGAAAGCUUCACCUGCUGAAGCAAGGAGGCACGUUGUCUCUGAUAGAGUGCACUCUCAUCGAAGAACUAGACGCCAGCGAUGAGGACUAUAACGCAGCAGGUCAAGGCUUCAGCCACCUGGAGUUCAAGAUCGUGGUGGAGCCUCCGGACGGUCAGUCCUUCUCUGUCGUCCUCUUGGCGCCGUCUCGUCAAGAAAAGGCCGCCUGGACCAGUGACAUCAGCCAGUGCAUCGAUAACAUCCGAUGUAACGGCCUGAUGACCAGCGUGUUUGAGGAGAACUCCAAAGUUUCGGUGCCGCACAUGAUCAAAUCUGACGCCCGACUGCACAAAGACGACGUCGACAUCUGCUUCAGCAAGACGCUCAACUCCUGCAAGGUCCCUCAGAUCCGAUACGCCAGCGUGGAGCGGCUCCUGGAGCGACUGACGGACCUGCGGUUCCUCUCCAUAGACUUCCUCAACACCUUCCUUCACACGUACAGGAUCUUCACCACAGCGGCCGUGGUCAUCGACAAGCUGGCCGACAUCUACAAGAAGCCGUUUACCUCCAUACCUGUCAGGAUCGAGCAACACUCAUGUGAUCGUUUGUCCAUCAUGUCCCUCUGUCCUGACUACAGUCUGAAGAUCACACAGCUCGCCCUGGACCAGUCCAAGUCUCUGGAGCUCUUCUUUGCCACCAACCAGGGCUCGUGGGGGACGGACCCCCUGAACAACAAGUCCCCGAGGCUGUGCCGCAAAUUCUCCUCUCCUCCGCCUCUCACCAUCCCCUCUCGCACCUCCUCGCCCGUCCACAGCCGCAAGCUUUCCCUCAGUUCCCCCGUCAGUGGGAAAGCUGGAGCCUUGGAUCUGUCCACCACCCCCACCUCCUCCGCAGCCAACUCCCCCACCUCCAGUCACAGCCCCUCCAUCUCCUCUCCUCCUCCCAACUCAACCAGGCCCCCCUCUGGCUUUUCCUCCCCUCCGCCCACCGCCACGCGCUCUCCCAGCCUCCCCCAGGCCUCCGGGAUGUCCUCGCCGCCCCCCUUCUCCACCAAGGCCCCUCUGGACCUCAGCCGCGGUCCCAGCUCCCCAGAGCUGAGCCCAGCUGCAGGGGAGGACGUCAGCGGAGAGCUGCCUCGCAUCGACGCCUUCUGUGGGAAGCUGAGGCGCAGCAUCCGCAGGGCUGUCCUGGAGUCAGUUUCUCUGGACAAGUUUCUCCCUGAGUCACCGUCCAGCAGCGAGCCGGGCGACAUGUCUCCCUGUCGCUCACCUUCAACGCCGAGGCAUCUCCGCUACAGACAGUCAGGAGUCACAUCAGGGGACAACUCUCGCUGCACGAUGUCACCCGCCUCAGCGUUCGCGAUCGCCACUGCUGCUGCCGGGCACAGCAGCUCCCAGGGUUUUACUAACUCUGAGAAAGUCUGUGACAAAGAAUUCAUCAUCCGGCGAGCGGCCACCAACAGAGUCCUGAACGUGCUGCGACACUGGGUGUCCAAACACUCCCAGGACUUUGAGAUGAACAGUGAGCUGAAGACGGGGGUGAUCUGUCUGCUGGAGGAGGUGCUACGUGACCCAGACCUGCUGCCUCAGGAGAGGAAAGCCACGUCCAACAUAUUAAGUGCCCUUUCUCAAGAAGAACAAGAUGAUGCUCAGCUGAAGAUAGAGGACAUCUUACAGAUGGCGGAGAGUCCGAAGGCCGAGUGUUUCGAGUCUCUGUCGGCCAUGGAGCUGGCAGAACAGAUCACACUGCUGGAUCACAUCGUGUUCAGGAGUAUUCCCUACGAGGAGUUCCUCGGUCAGGGCUGGAUGAAGGUCGACAAGACGGAGAGGACUCCGUACAUCAUGAAGACCAGCCAACAUUUUAAUGACAUGAGUAACCUGGUGGCGUCUCAGAUCAUGACUCACACUGACGUGGGCUCCAGGGCCAGCUCCAUAGAGAAGUGGCUGGCGGUGGCUGAUAUCUGUCGCUGUCUCAACAACUACAACGGCGUGCUGGAGAUCACCUCUGCUCUCAACCGCAGCGCCAUCUACAGGCUGAAGAAGACCUGGGCAAAAGUCUGCAAACAGACGAAGGCGCUCAUGGACCGGCUGCAGAAGACGGUGUCCUCAGAGGGGAGGUUCAAGAAUCUCAGAGAGACACUGAAAAACUGUAACCCUCCAUGUGUCCCGUACCUGGGCAUGUACCUCACUGACCUGGCUUUCAUCGAGGAGGGAACACCCAACUUCACGGAGGAGGGCCUGGUUAACUUCUCCAAGAUGAGGAUGAUUUGUCAUAUCAUCCGAGAGAUUCGUCAGUUCCAGCAAGCACCUUACAGGAUAGAGCACCAACCCAAGGUGACUCAGUUCCUCCUGGAUAAGACACUAGUGAUGGAUGAAGAUACCCUGUAUGAGCUCUCACUGAAGAUCGAACCCCGAGUACCACCUGGCUAACUAUACCCUUAUCUCACACACACAUUCACAUAAAUGUGAUCUACACACAGUAUUUUCCAUCGUAAAAAUCAACCAUGAAUCAACACAACUUGAGACUCUUCCUCAGUAAAGCAGGGGUUGUUUCAUCAAACACCACCGGGUAUUGUGCUUAGGACACUCAGGAGAAAAUGUGCCUUGUUGUAUGAACAUUAAAUGUGUAUAUUUAGUGAACAGAAUGAACUGUAUAACAGACACGACUCUGCCAUACAAUCGUACAGUGAUGACUGUGGAAACAACCAUGUUAGCUUCUAUACAACGUAACCUGUUGCUGCUAUCACGUUGUAAACAAUCUGCCUCUGUAGUUAAAUAAACACUGUCAGAUGAGUUUUAUAUGACUGUACAAUCAGGGCCGGAUUCACCUGUCUGGGGUCACCAGGGGCCUCUUUGGGCCCCAGGUUUACUGUGUGGUGAAACCCAAAUUAAUAAAGAAAUAGUCAUCCCCGGAGCACUCUAUGCUGAAAUAACCUCACAGGCCAGCUUUCUUGGCAGUGUCAGCUGAUGUUAUGAAGAGCUUAAAACUAGAUUUUCACUCCAAGAACGUUGUCAACACGAGAUCAGGUGGUCAGGUAUUUUAAGGGCCCUAUCACAUUGGUUAAUAUUGAGCUUUAAGGCCCAGACACACCCAACCGACUUCAGAGAACUAGCAGCGAUGAAAGGUCCCUUUUGCGUCGCCUCAUGUUGCCUGUGCGUUAGUCAAAAAGUUGAACAUAAACACACCACCAAGACAUCAACUGAUGGCCAACAAGCUUGUACGUUCUGUACCUGUAUGAGAGGAAACCAGAAGACCAUCUUGACGCAAGUUAGCCAGUAAGUACAUUAACAGAACAAUCCAGUGUUGAGAACAGAGCAUAUUUACUGUGCGAACAAUAACACAAACCAUCAGGAAAUGUUUUUGCUCAAGAGCUCGACGACUAAAGAAAAAUAAUCGUACCUUAUGAAAUGGUUUCAGUCUCUUCCCUCUUGACUGAGGCUGCUCUCAGCCCUAGAGUGGUCUCCUCUGGUCUGAAUCAGGGACUCAUGUUGUUCCAAAGUUGUAUAAUUGCCUAUAGUUGGUUGGUGUUCUCACGGCAGCAUUUACAAGAGGACCAGAUCAAAUGCCUUGUGUGAGAAAGCUGCUCUUGAUUGGUCAGAAUUUCCAUGUGGGAAAAAUCCAGGAAGUAAAGCAAACGUUGAAGAAGAGUACACUUGCAAGAUAAAUGUGACACUUUCUAAUGUCACAAUGGAGGGACAACUACGCAGGUUGAUUUUAGCGCUGCUCAUCGUGGACUAUAUUGCUGUCAUUGUUCAUUUUAGUCAAAGCAUACAGUUUGAAAACGAGGCAAACGCAGCUCCAACUAGAAAACAAUGUUUUGAUGCAUUGGAUGUGCUGAAUGUGCAUAUUAAGGCAGUACAGGAGGAGGUGCACAUUAAUAAUCCUCCAGGACUGUAACAUGCUCAUGUUUAACCCAAACAAUGUGUCACUUAGGGGGCAAACCAACUUGAGUUUGAUUGAACUGAAACGAACCAAACAGAACAGAUGUGAAAGCGCUCUUGAGCUUUUUGUUUACUUUCCUCACUUUAAUUUCUCUUCUUGUGUGCUGAGCUGAACUGCCAGCUGAAAAAAAUCACAGACGAGGGCGGCAGAUGCUCGCCAACAGCCCAACAUCGACCGACCGUCGGCUUGGUGUGUCAGAGCCUUUAGUUUUUCAUAUACACACAGUGAACCUGAAGCAUUGGGGCCCCUGGGCGAUUUAUGACCCUGUGGAAGUAACCGCUUUGCACGGUUGGUCGUCCAGCCUUGUGUACAAUACGUGUGCAUGAAGACACACUGGGUUUCCUGAAUAGCUGAAGAACAGUUAAAAUAUAUUAUCUACCUUAAAUCUCCUGUUUCGGGGUGGCGAUGAUGCUCACAGGAGCAUUCUUAUAUCUUCACUCAACUGUUAACACAAACAGUUUGUGUUGUUGCAGUUGCUCUUGUAUUGCAUUUGCAUGUUAACUGCAAAAAUCUCUAGACACAUUCCAAAUCUGACAAUAUACGAUAGUUCUCACAAACUUAACAUUUAUUCAUCUUUGUUGACAAUCAAAAGCGUUUCUGCUUCAAAUCACGUCUCCUCAGUUUUGUAACGUUUGUCAUUUUAUACAAAUAAUCUUGUUUUUUGCUCUGAUGUUAAAAAGGUUUCUUACACGCUAAAAGCCCUACUGUUAUAUUUCUUUUACAUUUAUCACUGUUAUUAUUAUUAGCUCCUUGUCAAUGUGAUCUUUUAAUCAUAUUCAUAUUUUAAACCUUGUUGACUGUAUUAGUAGAAUAGUAAUAUCUUUGCACUAUUGAUUUGUAAAGAAUGUCAAAAGAAACUUAUUUAUAGCAUGAAUUAGCAUGAUGUCCCCUCCGUCCCUCAGACUACUGUUAUCAUUAGAGUUACUGUUACUGAGUUUUAUUAUGUUUGUUUGUUUAUUUUGACUCCUGAUGUCAGGAAUCUUUAAAUGCUUAAAUACAUUAGUAUAUGAGACCUUACUGUAUACUUUGAAAUUUCAGCUUUGCUCUUGUAUUUUUCCAGCGUUUCUCUGUGAUGUACAGAUAU